GAAGCGCUCUGACGUCAUCGCUUCGGCUUAAAGAUGGCGGCGUUGGUCGCGCCCCGUUUGGCCAAGUUCGGCUCCUUUUCCACAAGGCCCCUGUGUGCGCUCACAGUCCAUCAGAAGAGUCUGCACAGUCAUGCCAAGAGUGACAGCACAGCCACGAGUGUGGUCCCGGUGCGAGAGAAGAGCACGGCGGUGGCUGCAGCCAAACCCUCGGCGGUCAGCAGCAAAGGAGAGUAUGUCAUCACCAAACUGGACGACCUGGUGAACUGGGCGCGCAGGAGUUCGCUGUGGCCCAUGACGUUCGGUCUGGCGUGCUGUGCGGUGGAGAUGAUGCACAUGGCGGCUCCUCGAUACGACAUGGAUCGUUUCGGGGUGGUGUUCAGAGCGAGUCCGAGACAGGCCGACGUCAUGAUCGUAGCAGGGACGCUCACAAACAAGAUGGCCCCCGCGCUACGCAAGGUGUAUGACCAGAUGCCUGAGCCACGCUACGUCAUCUCCAUGGGCAGCUGCGCCAAUGGAGGAGGUUAUUACCACUACUCGUAUUCUGUGGUCAGGGGCUGUGACAGGAUCGUACCUGUCGACAUUUAUGUUCCAGGGUGUCCCCCCACAGCCGAGGCGCUUCUCUACGGGACGCUACAGCUGCAGAAGAAAAUCAAGCGAGAGAAGAAGAUGCGGAUCUGGUAUCGGAAGUGAUCGUGUUUGUAAAUGUGUGUAUGUACAUGAUGUGUAAAUGUGUUCUGAUUUAUUUUGGGCUUUCAUGGCUCCUCUUCAUGUUCAGAGCGACAACAACAAACUUCAAUAAAGCCUCGACUGUCAUUUA